ACGUAUUCACGUUACCGAUUUUUUCAGGCUAAAUUAAGGUUUACACAAAUGCAUUGUGCAUUUAGUAGGGUAACAUUUAAACCUACUUUAAUGUACACAUAAAUAGAUAUAUCUGUGAAUCUGUCUAUGUGAUUUUAUGAUAUAAUUUCAUUGCGUCAAAAUGCCCAAAAAAAGAGAUGGCUCUGAAAGUAAAAAAGCUCGAAAAGCAUCUUCAACUUCAAAAGAAGCUGCUACCACUUCCCCAUCAGCAUCAACUGAUAUUGUUCCACCACCAAACCCAAGUGCAACCCAUCUAGUUGCCUCAAAUCCAUUUGAUGAUCCACCACCAAGCCAAAUGAAAGUAGGGCCAAUGCAACAUCAUGGGUUUAAUGGGCCACCAAUGGUUAGACUACAGACACCUAACAGUGGCAUGAACCCUGGCUUUCCUGGAUGGGUUGCUAGAAAUGAAAUACGGGGUAUGAGGCCACCGUAUAAUGGUCCAGGCCCUGGAUGGAACCCACACAUGCAUGGUGGGGCAAUGCCCAGUCAUCCUGGGUAUCAUCCAAACAUGCCUGUUGGACAUAAUAAUUACCCGAUGAACCGUCCACACUAUUCAGGUCCCAAUCCACAGUUCAGAGGUGCCUCUCGUAUGCCAAUGGGUGCAAUCCGACCAGGUCUAGGACCACUUGGGUCACCUGGAGGUCCAGAGAUGGGUGAUGUACAAAGUGUGGGACCAAACCAUAUGGUAUCAAGUGGAAAUCAAGGCCACAUGCUUCAAAACACGGGGCAGAUGAAAGCUUUAACUCGACCACCUUCACAAAUUCCAUCUCCUACUACGACGUCAACAAGAAAAAAUUCGACAAGCUCGGCAAAAAAUUCUGACUCAAAAUCUCCGAAAACCUCAGAGCCAAGCGCUAAAUCAAGAAAGAAAUCUGAAAAGAAAGCGAUGCAAGAAAACAAAGUUAAAAAUAAUGCAGACCAUGAUAGAGCUGGCCAUGAACAAAGUCUUCCACCCCAUUCUAUACCUGCAGUGUUACCACAGACAUGCUGCAACUGCUCAAAUGAUAUCCAACCUACUGACGAUGCAAUAAGGUGCUUGGCUAGCUGCAAUAAAUGGUUUCACAGGACAUGUGUUGGACUCACAGAGAGUGCAUGCAAUUUCCUUAGAUCUGAAGAGCUUGCCUUAUGGGCAUGUGACAACUGCCUAAAAACAAAAGAAAUUAAUUCAGUUAGAACAAGAAUGGACAGCCAUCUUACUAGCCCUGCUUAAAUCUAAGAAACACUUUUUUUUAUUACCAAGUUUUUAUUAUGAGCGCUAACUAAAAGUUACUAAUAUUUGUGUCAGUAUCAUGUAGUAUGUCUUCAAGAAUUACUCCUGGCUUUAUUAAGUCAUCCAAUUUGUGCUUUUGCACACAAUGUAUGAACACACAUUUAAUUUAGUAAUACCCAUUUAAUGUAUACCUCAAUUUUUUCUGAGAUUUAAUGCCUCUUGAAACAAUUUCUAAUCGUUAUCAACGGCACAAUUGACAAAUACCUGGCUAUAGAACAGAGUUGUACUUUGUGCUUUUAAAAUGAAAUUCCUCCACAUAAGUUGCUGUAUAAAUUUUUAUCCUUUUUACUAAUAUUACUUUUGAGUUGUUUAUUAUUAUUCCAAUGGAAUAAAAACCUGCACAAUUCUAUUUUUAGUGAAAUUUUUAAAACCUAUAUUUGCUUAUGUGGUGUCAGAUAAUUAAGCCAAGACUUUUUUAAAGAAUGUAGAUUAGGUCCAUUACACAAAACCAAUCUUGCCAUGUCAUGUUUAGGGUACUGAUACCAAAAUUAACACACCCAGAUCAUUUCUUAUCAUUUAGAUGCAUACAAUUCUAGAUCCAUACAGUUUUUACGGUACAGUUUCAUUGUAAACUACAAG